UACAUUACCCAGAGGAGACCGCGGGCCGAGCCCGGGAAGGCUCAGCCAAUGAAAACGGGUUUCUUUUCUGCAAAUUGGCACGGGGAUUUCCAGCUUUGCUUUUCCUGGAUUCUCUGGCUGGGUUUGCGUCCAGCUGGCCAGGGGAGGAACGGAGUGAGGAGCACGGCUUAGUCCUGUGGCUCCGAGUCGGCUCUGCGGCGUCCCUUGACCCGCUGCAGGCCUGGGGUAGGGACGGCCCUUGUGUCCCUCUGGCCGGCAGAGUCAGAUGGCAGCGGCUGUGCGGGGAGACCCGAGUCAGGGCCCUGUGACCUUUAAGGACGUGGCUGUCUACUUCUCAAAGGAGGAAUGGACACUGCUGGAUGCCUCUCAGAGACUGCUGUACCGCAGUGUGAUGCUGGAGAACUUCUCGCUCAUGGCCUCUGUGGGACUUGUACCUUCUGGAACCCAAGAAAUCAGUCAUCUGGAGCUGUGGGGAGAGCCCUUCAUCCAGGCACUGGGAAUCAUGACUCCAGCUAUGUGGACAGGUUGUUGGAAUGGAGUGGAGGCUGAAAAUGCACCUGCUGUGCAGAGUAUUUCUACAGAUGAAGGACUCGGUGCAGCCAUUCCCCAGCAGCAAAAGCCGAGACAUGGUGAGAAGCCCUUACAAAUAGAAGAGGCCAGGAUCUCUGUAAAGAAGAAUGGCACAAAACGCCAGUUGAAGAAUUUACAAAGCAGGAACAAUGGGAUGGAUGUGCAGCCCAGCCCAGGUCUUAGGCAUCAGCUGACUCGUGGGGUCGGGAAGUCAUCCAGGAACUCUAACAGUGGAGAGGCCUGUCCCAGUGGGAACAGCAGCUACCAAUGCAGUGACGGUGGGAAAACCUUUAGUCAGAAUUCUAUACUUAUUCAGCACCAGACACUACACCCAGGAGAAAAGCCUUAUGAAUGCAGUGACUGUGGGAGACGAUUUAAACAUAAAUCUAACCUUCUGGCGCACCAAACAAUUCAUGGUGGAGAAAGACCGUAUGUGUGUACCGAAUGUGGGAAAUCCUUUGGUUGCAAUACUGACCUCAUUCAACACCGCAGCGUCCAUACUGAAGAAAAGCCCUUUAUGUGCAUUGAAUGUGGACAGGGUUUCAAGUAUCACGGGAAACUUGUUCAACAUCAGAAACUCCACACUGGAGAAAGGGGUUAUAAAUGUGAAGAAUGUGGGAAAUCCUUUGUCCGAAAUGCCCAGCUCAGGGACCACUUACUUUUUCACACUUCUGAAAAGCCUUUUAAGUGCAGUGAGUGUGGGGAAUCAUUUAGGUCCAGACCCACCCUUAAAAGUCAUUCCCGAGUUCACACCGGGGAAAAGUCCUAUGAGUGCAGUGAAUGUGGGAAAGUAUGUCUGAAGAAAUCAAAGCUUAUAAAUCACAGGCGAAUUCAUACUGGUGAAAGACCUUUUGAGUGCAGUGAAUGCGGGAAAGUGUUUAGGCAGAAAUACAACCUUAUAAGUCAUUGGCGCACUCAUACUGGAGAAAGACCUUAUGAGUGCAGUGAGUGUGGAAAAGUGUUCAGGCAGAAAUACAGCCUUAUAUGCCAUUGGCGAGUUCACACUGGGGAAAGACCUUAUGAGUGCAGUCAAUGUGGGGAAUCAUUUAGGUCCAAAUCCACCCUUAGAAAUCAUUCCCAAAUUCACACUGGAGAAAAGUCCUAUGAGUGCAGUGAAUGUGGGAAAGUAUUUAGGCAGAAAUACAGCCUUAUAAGCCACUCCCGAGUUCAUACUGGAGAAACACCUUAUGAGUGCAGUGAAUGUGGGAAAGUAUUUAGGCAGAAAUACAGCCUUAUAAGCCAUUGUCGAGUUCAUACUGGAGAAAGACCUUAUGAGUGCAGUGAGUGUGGGAAAGGAUUUAGGGAAAAAUCUAGCCUUCGAAAUCAUAGGCGAAUUCAUACUGGAGAAAGACCUUAUGAGUGCAGUCAGUGUGGGAAAGCAUUUACAGAAAAGUCCACCCUUAAAAAUCAUUACCGAGUUCAUUCUGGGGAUAAGCCUUUUGAGUGCAGUGAAUGUGGCAAAGUGUAUAGGAGAAAAUCCAGCCUUAAAUUUCAUAGGCGAAUUCAUACUGGAGAAAAGCCUUAUGAGUGUAGUGAGUGUGGGAAAGCGUUUACCGAAAAAUACAGACUUAUCCGUCAUAGGCGAAUUCAUACUGGAGAAAGACCUUAUGAGUGCAGUGAAUGUGGGAAAACAUUUACAGAAAUGUCCACCCUUAAAAAUCAUUACCAAUUUCAUUCUGGAGAAAAGCCUUUUGAGUGCAGUGAAUGUGGCAAAGUGUAUAGGAAAAAAUCCAGCCUUAAAUAUCAUAGGCGAAUUCAUACUGGAGAAAAACCUUAUCAGUGCAGUCAAUGUGGAAAAGCAUUUACAGAAAAUUCCAGUCUUUUUUAUCAUUUCCGAGUUCAUACUGGGGAAAAGCCUUUUGAGUGCAAUGAAUGUGGGAAAUCUUUUAGGAAAAACUGUCACCUUACAAAACACACAGAAAAAGUUCACAGCAGAGGACAGCAAUGAGUGUGGGAGUCUUUCCUGGACAUUCCAGCCUCAUUUAACAUCAGAGAGUUCACACUGCAACAGUCUUUUUUAAAAAAAUUUUUUAUUAUUUUUAUGUGUAUGAGUGUAU